CAAAACAAAAUCCAAAUGACACUACUUGUAUAGAGCCACAACUAUAUUUCCGAAUAAUCCAUCAAGACUUAAAUAUCACACGAAUAAAUGUAGACUUGCCGUCGGAUAUGCAAUCUUUGGUGUGUGAAAUGUGGGGUACGAAAAAUAAAUAUUUUGGUAGUGUUAUGAAGCCGCCGUAUUUUCUGGUGUCGUAUGUUAAUGUAACGAAGAGAAUUGGUAUGGAUAAUGAUUAUGAAUAUUAUCGUGCAGGAUUGCUGAUGGAUUGGGAUGGAAAUUUCAGGGAUUUUAUUCAGAUGACUCCUGUACAGGAUUUUCCUAGUUCGGGGUUAAUAAUUCAUAAUGUUAAUCCUGAAAAUGGAUUCCUUUGGUUAUAUAGCGCAUCAAGAAAUAAUACACUCGGGUGGACAAAAUAUAGCACAGUCCAUGAAAAUGGGACGAUUACAAAAUUGUCAAAUGGAACUUUUUCAACCACAGCAAGCUCAGCAUUUCCAUUUGCAAUGGUAGACGGAGGCUACGGCUUAGCAUAUACAAUAAACAAAACAAAUGAAACACAGUUAAAUAAAAAUAAUAUUUCUAACGCUCUGUACGCAAACUGGGAAGCUUAUGUAACAUUCUUACGACCGGACGUUAAGGAAUUCAUGAAACCCUUUCUUCUAUACGAAACAACAGAGCAACUAAGUAAAUUACUCAUAUACUCUUGUAACACGCCAUAUGAUGCUGACGGAUAUAAGUGUCUGCUGAGAUUAGAAAUGAUCUUUGGCAAUAGUACACAGAUUCUAUUUAAACAAGUAUGGUUCUUGACUAGUGGGUCAGUAUAUAAAAUUGAAGAUGUACCAUUAGAGAAUCCUAAUUAUGAAGUCAACGAUAUUUCAACUCUUUUCUAUGGUGGAUUCUUGAUGACUAUUUAUAAUAAGAAGGGAACAGAUAAUAGCAGUGUUACUGGAUUUAUUUAUGAUUCUGCGGGGAAUCCUAAUGGAGCAUGGGACAUUCCGGACAAUGUGCGUGUGUCGGAUGUUUAUAAGAUAUUACCGAAUAAUACUUUAUGGGGUGUUUCUACA